UGCCUUCCUAGCCAAACCCCAGUUUCCAUGACCUUCUGUAGCCUUGGAUACCUUAUGGUGCUUGGACACUUCUCUUACUGUUUUGCUUUUGCUUGAUCCCCCUGUUCUGCUUUGUGAUUUCCCUGAUCUUCCUCUCUGGCUUGUAUAUGUAUGAGAUUUUUUUUCCUCUCUCUCUCCCUGCUUGUCAGAAAUUUCUUUUCCACUGUGUGGGCAGGAGUCAGAUUUUUACCAUCUCAGUUUUCAUCCCCCCUCCCUGCAGUCUUUCCUUCUGCCCCUUCCCACCUCUCUUCUUCUGCCUUUCUCUCCAUCCUCAAUCCUUUUACCCGUUCAGUACUUAUUUCCCUCCACCUUUUCCUCAUUCCCUCCCUUCUCUCCUCCCUCUUUCAGUCUUCUUUUCUCUUCCACAUAGAAAUAAUGCCUCUUUAAUGCUACCAGAGUCCAGAUCCUGGAGCCAUGCGUGUGAUCCAAGGUAAGUGCUUCUUUUAACUUUGCCUAUGUUUGCAAGGAUGACUGUCUGGGGGUAGAUUGCCAGCUUCUUAAAAGUAGACAAUGUCACUUUAAUUUUUUUAAAAUAUUAUUUUGGGCGUCAUAUGUCUACACCUUGUAAAAGGAAUCCUAGACGGAGCUGAUCUCAGUGCAAUGCUGCUACCUGUUGGGGAGAAAUGGAUGGCUUCAGGGAUCCCCAGUCUGUUUCCCAGUGGUUACUAUUUGCUUCCUAUUAUAUAUAUAAACACACACAUUGUCAUCUCAACUGAAUGUUACCUUCCCUUAAAUGGCUUUUCUUUUUAGCAUUUCUUUUAUGGAAAUGCUGAGAACUCUGGACAGCUACAUAGAUGCUUUUUUCUAAUCUGGAGAAUGGUCAGCAGAUUUAAGAGCAACCUUGUCAGAGAGUGAUGUCCUGCAGGUGUUUCCAUGAUGCUCAGCCUCAGCACCUGUUCCAUCAGCACUCACAUGCUCUCUGAGGUAGGUUUCCCUGUGGAUGGAGCCCCUGAACUGGAAAAUGACCCCCAGAGAUGUGUGCUGGCCCUGCCAGAAGAAGAGGCAUGGCGGAAGCACCGGCUUGGACCGAUGCAGUCUACUCAGUCUUGCAACUUGCUUGACCCAGAGACCUUGAGUGAUGCCCUUGUCUCACGGACUGCCAGCUUUGAUGCCCUCUAUGAGCUGCGUUCACAGGACAUGGAAUCCAGUUUGGGCUUGGAUGGCAGCAGCACAUUUGACGUCGGGCAGAGCCAGCUUCUCCCUGUGAGCCCUGAAGUCAUCAAGCGCCGGCGAGGGGGCCUGAUUGAACAGCGGGAUAUUGUUAAAGCGCAUGAAGCUCAUAAGAUACAGAGCACACCACAAGCAAGACGGAAGGAGUGGGAAAUGGCUCGUUUUGGUGAGGCGAUGGCUGGCAGGGUGGGAUCCGGUGAUGGAGCCACCGAACAGAACAGGAACCGUCAGGGAGCCCCUGCACCCCCAGGAGGAACCCCGGUACAAGCGUACAAGCAAACCAAAGCCCAACGGGCCAGGACGAUGGCACUGUACAACCCCAUACCUGUCCGACAGAACUGCUUCACAGUCAACAGAUCUCUCUUCAUCUUUGGGGAAGACAAUAUUGUCAGGAAAUACGCCAAGAAGCUUAUCGACUGGCCUCCCUUUGAAUACAUGAUUCUGGCAACCAUCAUUGCGAACUGCAUCGUUCUGGCCCUGGAACAGCAUCUCCCCGAGGAUGAUAAGACACCUAUGUCUCGGCGAUUAGAGAAGACAGAACCUUAUUUCAUUGGGAUCUUUUGCUUUGAAGCUGGCAUUAAAAUUGUGGCUUUGGGAUUUGUUUUCCAUAAGGGCUCCUACCUGCGGAAUGGAUGGAAUGUAAUGGAUUUCAUCGUCGUUCUGAGCGGAAUUCUUGCUACAGCAGGGACACAUUUCAACACCCAUGUGGACCUACGGACUCUGCGGGCAGUGAGGGUUCUCAGACCCUUGAAGCUCGUCUCAGGCAUUCCUAGUUUGCAGAUUGUACUCAAAUCCAUCAUGAAGGCAAUGGUGCCUCUUCUCCAGAUAGGCCUGCUCCUUUUCUUCGCUAUUCUGAUGUUUGCCAUCAUUGGCCUGGAAUUCUAUAGUGGGAAGCUGCACCGGGCCUGUUAUGUGAACAAUUCAGGUGAAUUACAAGAGCUGGACCCACCUCAUCCUUGUGGGGUGCAAGGAUGCCCUGCAGGUUACGAGUGCAGAGACUGGAUUGGUCCCAACGAUGGGAUCACUCAGUUUGACAACAUUCUCUUUGCUGUGUUGACUGUCUUCCAGUGCAUUACCAUGGAAGGAUGGACUACAGUGCUAUACAAUACCAAUGAUGCCUUAGGAGCCACCUGGAACUGGCUGUACUUCAUCCCACUCAUCAUCAUUGGAUCAUUCUUUGUUCUCAACCUUGUCCUGGGAGUGCUUUCUGGGGAAUUUGCCAAAGAAAGAGAGCGAGUGGAAAAUCGUCGGGCUUUCAUGAAACUGAGGAGACAGCAGCAGAUUGAGCGGGAACUGAAUGGCUACCGAGCAUGGAUAGAUAAAGCAGAAGAAGUAAUGCUGGCUGAAGAGAACAAAAAUUCUGGCACAUCAGCUUUAGAAGUUCUCAGGAGAGCAACCAUUAAAAGAAACCGGACAGAAGUCAUGAAUCGUGACUCCAGUGAUGAGCGUGUGGAUAUCUCCUCAGUGGGUACCCCACUUGCCCGGGCCAGCAUCAAGAGUGCUAAAUUGGAUGGAGCGAAUUACUUCCGACACAAGGAACGCCUCCUGCGCAUCUCCGUCCGUCACAUGGUGAAAUCCCAGGUGUUCUAUUGGCUCGUCUUGAGUAUAGUGGCCCUCAACACUGCCUGCGUGGCCAUUGUCCAUCACAACCAACCUCCAUGGCUCACACAUCUCCUCUACUAUGCAGAAUUUAUUUUUCUGGGGCUCUUCCUCCUAGAGAUGUCCUUGAAGAUGUAUGGAAUGGGUCCACGUCUUUACUUCCAUUCUUCCUUCAACUGCUUUGACUGUGGGGUCACCGUGGGGAGCAUCUUUGAAGUAGUUUGGGCCAUCUUCAGACCUGGCACUUCUUUUGGGAUUAGUGUUAUGCGAGCCUUGAGACUUCUGAGGAUAUUCAAAGUAACAAAGUAUUGGGCUUCCUUGAGGAAUUUGGUGGUCUCACUGAUGAGUUCUAUGAAGUCUAUUAUCAGCCUCCUCUUCCUCCUUUUCCUCUUCAUUGUAGUCUUUGCCCUGCUUGGGAUGCAGCUGUUUGGUGGAAGAUUUAAUUUUAUGGAUGGAACUCCUUCUGCAAACUUUGAUACCUUCCCUGCAGCCAUCAUGACUGUUUUCCAGAUCUUGACAGGUGAAGACUGGAAUGAAGUGAUGUACAAUGGGAUCCGCUCCCAAGGUGGUGUCAGCUCAGGAAUGUGGUCAUCCAUCUAUUUCAUUGUACUCACUCUGUUUGGAAACUAUACUCUGCUUAAUGUCUUCUUGGCCAUUGCUGUGGACAACUUAGCCAAUGCACAGGAGCUGACAAAGGAUGAGCAGGAAGAAGAAGAAGCAUUUAAUCAAAAGCACGCACUGCAGAAAGCCAAGGAAGUCAGUCCUAUGUCUGCUCCCAACAUGCCUGCUAUAGAAAGAGACAGAAGGAGGAGACACCACAUGUCGAUGUGGGAACCACGCAGCAGCAAUCUGAGGGAGAGGAGAAGGCGGCAUCACAUGUCUGUCUGGGAACAGCGGACCAGCCAGCUCCGCCGACACAUGCAGAUGUCCAGCCAAGAGGGCAUCAACAAUGAGGAUCCUCCUUUGCUCAAUCCUCAUGCCAGUAUUUUUCGGAGGAGGAAGCUACUGGAAAAUUCUGGCCCUGAAAAGAAUGAGGAGGGUCAAGGGGACAGGUCAGAGCGGGCAAACGGAGAAGGCCAGGACCAACAGAUUCCUGGUUCCAAUCCCUGCCCAAGCAUUCAGGAAAACCAGAAGAGCCCAUCUUCUCGACCCAAAAAGGAAUGGGAAGAAUGGCAUCACAAAUCAUUUCAUGGUAACUGUGACCUGAUUGAACCAGAAGGUGGAGGAAGUGGGGGCUUUGAGGAGCGAGCCCGCCUUCGACAAAGUCAGAGGCGCAGUCGGCAUCGUAGGGUGAGAACAGAGGCAAAGGAGCAUAGGGCAGCCAGCCAGGAGAUGGCCCCAGAAGAAGCUGUUCCAGCAGAGGGAGAGCAGAAUGUGGAGCAGAAGAAAAAUGAAGAAGAAAAGGAGGCCUUGAUUGAAAAGGACCAGGGGACUGGUGAGGAGCAGAAAAUAACCAAUGAAGUCUCAGUAAAUGAUGCUGCCUUUCAUGUGGCCACCCAUGAAACUAGCCCCUCCGAAGGCCAUCUUGAUUUGAACCAAAGCAAGGAUGUCAGUCCAGUAGAGCAAGAUGGUAAUAGCCCAGACACAAGUGAGCAAGCACUAUUGGGUGACCUGCCAAUGGAGUCAGGCCGGACUAUCAGCAGAAGUGAACCAGAUCUCUCCUCCAUCACAACCAAUGUGGAGAAAGCUACCGAGAGCGCUACCAUCAUGAUUGAUGUUCAAGACUCUGCUGUGGUACAGAUUAGCAACAAGACAGAUGGAGAGGCCAGCCCUCUGAAGGAACCGGAGACAAAGGAGGAAGAGGAGGUAGAAGUAGAAAAGAAGAAACCAAAAAAGAAGAAAUCUGCGACAGGAAAACCAAUGGUGCCACACAGCUCCAUGUUCAUAUUCAGCACCACAAACCCAAUCCGAAGGGCCUGCCAUUACAUUGUCAACCUGCGUUAUUUUGAGAUGUGCAUUCUUCUGGUGAUUGCAGCGAGCAGCAUUGCUUUGGCAGCAGAGGACCCCGUCUUGACCAACUCAGAGAGGAAUAAAGUCCUGAGGUAUUUUGACUAUGUUUUCACCGGUGUGUUUACCUUUGAGAUGGUUAUCAAGAUGAUAGAUCAGGGAUUGAUCCUACAAGACGGCUCCUAUUUCCGAGAUCUCUGGAACAUCUUGGAUUUCAUUGUGGUUGUCGGAGCACUGAUGGCUUUUGCUUUGGCGACCAACAAGGGUCGGGACAUUAAAACUAUCAAGUCUCUUCGUGUUCUGCGAGUCUUGAGACCAUUGAAGACCAUCAAGAGGUUGCCAAAACUCAAGGCAGUCUUUGAUUGCGUUGUAACAUCACUGAAGAAUGUCUUCAACAUACUAAUUGUCUACAAGCUCUUCAUGUUCAUCUUUGCCGUCAUUGCAGUCCAGCUCUUCAAGGGAAAAUUCUUCUACUGUACAGACAGCUCAAAAGAUACACAGAAAGAUUGCAUAGGCAACUACGUGGACCAUGAGAAAAAUCUGAUGGAAGUGAAAUGCCGUCAAUGGAAGCGCCAUGAAUUCCACUACGAUAAUAUCAUCUGGGCUUUGCUCACCCUCUUCACUGUCUCCACUGGAGAAGGAUGGCCACAGGUUUUGCAGCAUUCAGUGGAUGUGACCGAGGAAGACCGUGGCCCCAGCCGCAGCAACCGCAUGGAAAUGUCCAUUUUUUAUGUAGUGUAUUUUGUAGUUUUUCCUUUUUUCUUCGUUAACAUCUUUGUGGCUCUCAUCAUCAUCACUUUCCAGGAGCAAGGAGACAAAAUGAUGGAGGAAUGCAGUCUUGAAAAAAAUGAGAGAGCGUGCAUUGACUUUGCUAUUAGUGCUAAACCCCUCACCCGCUAUAUGCCUCAAAAUCGCCACACUUUUCAAUACCGGGUCUGGCAUUUUGUAGUCUCUCCAUCAUUUGAAUAUACCAUCAUGGCUAUGAUAGCACUAAAUACUAUAGUUCUAAUGAUGAAGUACUAUUCUGCUCCCUACACCUAUGAACUGGCUUUGAAGUAUCUGAACAUUGCUUUUACCAUGGUUUUCUCACUAGAAUGUGUCCUGAAAAUUAUCGCCUUUGGCUUUCUGAAUUAUUUCCGUGACACCUGGAACAUCUUUGAUUUCAUUACUGUAAUUGGUAGUAUUACAGAGAUUAUCUUGACGGAUAGCAAGCUGGUAAAUACAAGCAGCUUCAACAUGAGCUUUCUAAAAUUGUUCCGAGCUGCCCGUCUCAUCAAACUACUUCGCCAGGGUUACACCAUCCGAAUUUUGCUGUGGACUUUUGUACAGUCGUUCAAGGCCCUUCCUUAUGUCUGUCUCCUGAUUGCGAUGCUCUUCUUCAUUUAUGCAAUCAUUGGCAUGCAGGUUUUUGGGAAUAUCAAAUUAGAUGAAGAAAGUCACAUAAACCGUCACAACAACUUUCGCAGCUUCCUAGGUUCUCUCAUGCUUCUCUUCAGGAGUGCUACAGGGGAGGCAUGGCAGGAGAUCAUGCUUUCAUGCCUAGGAGGUAAAGGAUGUGAGUCAGACACCACAGCAACAUCUGGACAAAAUGGGAGUGAGCAGUGUGGCACAGAUCUGGCAUAUGUUUACUUUGUCUCCUUCAUCUUCUUCUGCUCUUUUUUGAUGCUCAAUCUCUUUGUGGCUGUCAUCAUGGACAAUUUUGAAUACCUGACUCGAGAUUCCUCCAUCUUAGGACCACACCACCUUGAUGAAUUUGUACGGAUCUGGGCAGAGUAUGACAGGGCUGCAUGUGGCCGCAUCCAUUACACUGAGAUGUAUGAAAUGCUGACUCUCAUGUCCCCACCACUAGGCCUCGGCAAGAGAUGUCCCUCCAAAGUUGCUUAUAAGAGACUGGUCCUGAUGAAUAUGCCUGUGGCCGAGGACAACACAGUCCAUUUCACUUCCACUUUGAUGGCCUUGAUUCGAACAGCUCUGGAUAUUAAGAUUGCAAAAGGCGGAGCAGAAUGGCAGCAGCUAGACUCAGAGCUCCAGAAGGAGAUUCUGACCAUCUGGCCUCACCUUUCACAGAAGCAGCUAGAUGUAUUGGUACCCAUGCCAAAAACUACAGACUUGACAGUUGGGAAAAUCUACGCAGCCAUGAUGAUCAUGGACUAUUAUAAGCAGAGUAAAGCUAAGAAACAAAGGCAGCAGCUGGAAGAACAGAAAAAUGCCCCAAUGUUCCAGCGCAUGGAACCUUCCUCUCUUCCUCAGGAGAUAAUUUCUAAUGCCAAAGCUUUACCUUACCUCCAGCAAGAAACCUUUUCAGGACUGAGCAGCCGGAGUGGGUUCCCCUCCUUGAGUCCCCUCUCUCCCCAAGAGAUAUUCCAGUUGGCUUGCAUGGACCCAACCCAUGGGGAAUACCAGGAACAGCAAUCUCUGGAGCCAGAGGUUAGAGAGUUUAAAAGAGUACAGCCCUCUAACUGUGGCAGCUACCUCCCGGUGGAUACUCAGGAACGAGCGGUAUCUGGGAGGGCUUCUUCCAUGCCACGUCUGACUGUGGAUCCCCAGGUGGUUACAGAUCCAGGCUCCAUGAGACGUUCAUUUUCUACUAUCCGAGACAAACGGACUAAUACCUCCUGGUUAGAUGAAUUCUCCAUGGAAAAAAGCAGUGAAAACACCUAUAAGUCCCGCCGUCGCAGUUACCACUCUGCACUGUACCUAUCUUCACGGCGCCUCAACACAGAUUCAGGCCAUCGAUCUGACACACAUCGGUCAGGUGGCAGAGAACGAGGCCGAUCCAAGGAACGGAAGCACCUCCUCUCUCCAGACAUUUCCCGUUGCAACUCAGAGGAAAGGAGUCCACAAGCAGAUGGUGAUUCUCCAGAGCGACGGCAAUCUAGAUCUCCCAGUGAAGGCAGAUCACAGACUCCCAACAGACAGGGCACAGGUUCCUUGAGUGAAAGUUCAAUCCCAUCCAUAUCUGAUACCAGCACACCCAGGCGGAGCCGCCGCCAGCUCCCUCCAGUGCCGCCAAAGCCCCGCCCCCUCAUCUCCUAUGCUGCAAUGAUGCAACAUUGUGGUGACACCUCCCCGAAUCCUGAUGACAGCGAGGGUGGCUCCCCUCUGCUUUCUGGCACUCUGGAGACAAACAACCCUUGCUUGACUGAGUCUUCCAGUUCCCCGACAGGAAAGCAGAGCCUUCUUUCUACCCCUCAGCACUACAUCUCAGAGCCUUACCUGAUGCUUCAGGAUGACUCCCAUGCUUCAGACUGUGGUGAGGAGGAGACGCUCACCUUUGAGGCUGCUGUGGCCACCAGCCUUGGCCGCUCCAACACAAUUGCAUCAGGCCCUCGCUCAAGGCACAGCUGGCAGAUGCCCAACGGGCACUACCGAAGAAGGAGGAGAGGGGCAUCAUCACAGGGGGUGAUGUUUGGGGCUGGUAUUGAUGUACUUAGUGAUACGGAGGAAGAUGACAAGUGCUAGAGGCUGCCUCCCCUUCUUCCUGCUCUCCUCUAACGCAUGCCGUUUGCCACAUUUGAAAUGAAAUGAAUCAGAAGUCAAAUGCGGCAGAUACCAAGCCUUUGUGCAAAAAAGAAAAAGGGCGUAACCCAUUGGUUUUAUUUUUGUUCAUCUUCCUUUUUAACAAAUGCACAAAAAAGCAUUUUAUUCGCUCCUGUAUCCAUGGACCUAGCAAAAGUGUACCUAUUUGUUAAGUGGAAAUGAAACAUGGAACAGCAAACAUCACCCCAACAGUCACAUGGGUCUCCUUCCUGAAAAAGCCAGGAGCAUUUGUCCAAGGAAAGGCAGAAGAUGCUACAAAAGUGUAAUCAGAAACAUGCUGGGUACAAUGGGGCUUUUGAAAGUAUUACUUUGACCCCAGACACUUGCCUGCGCAAAAAAAGGAAGGAAGGAGUAGUCAAGUUGGUGCUUUGGGAGGUAUGUGACCUCUGGUCAUCUCUCCUACAGUUCAGCCAACAUGAGGAAUAGGAGUGAUCAGUUCCGAGGUCUUGCCCAGAGUAGAAGGCACAACACAAGGCUUUCCUACACAGUCUGUUGGCUUUAAUCUUCAAAAAAGCUAACCAUGCUUGUGAUGAAACUGAAAGACUGUGAUGAGGGGAAGACAGGGUAAAGGCAGUAGAGGCUGUCCAUGGUAAUGGGAAGGAUUUACUUAGAAUGACACGAACCAUGGCCAGUCUGAUAAGGAUGGAACAAGAAAAGGGUCACUACCAUGCUAAUGUAUAUAACCCACCAUACUCAGACAUAUAUGUAUAUUCUGAGUUCAGAAUGUGUAGAAAGAGUGUGUGUGGAUGCAUAUAUAUAUGCUGCAUAUACAAACAUGCCCACAUGUAGAGAUUUAUUUUGAUAAGCCACUUUCUGUACUAAUAUCAGGACAGUCUGUUCUCUUACCCUCCAAGAUUGGGAGCCCCUUUUCCUAUGGGAAUUCUGCGGAGCUUCAGAAGUGAUGCACCCAUGACAUUCUGUAAAUGCUUGUCUGGGAUACCUCCUCCCCCCCCCCCCCCCCCCCAACAACAAAAAGCACAGAGAGAGAGAAACAUGGCACAAUCUAGAUGAGAUUAAAGGUUUCUAAAGAGGCAGGGUGCUUGAUUUUCCUUUCAAAAUAGUAUUUUUAUUCUACCUUGAUUAACAUUUCUAUGGGUUAGGGGAAGAGCAUGCUGGCAUUAUAUCAUGGAAUUUUGAUGACUCAGGAAUAAGGCAUCUAGAUGAUUAUUUUGCGAAUGUUUCUGGAUAUUGUCACUCACUGGUCUGAUUGCAAAAAUAGAGCUCUUCUUAAAUUCUUAACAAUGCUCCUUAAAAUCAGGGUCAUGAGCAAACUGCACAAAAGUAAAUGGAUAUACUUUCAGUUAACCAAAGUGCUGUAUGUGAGUGAGCGUGUGCACACAGUCAGUGUAGAGGACAGCAAAUUCACUCAUUUGGGAUGUGUGAGUGAAUCAUUUUUUACUCAUCGCUCUUGAAAUACUGAAUGCAGAUGGCAUUUUGAUGGCUUUUCUUCAUGUGGUAUUAGAAAAUGAAAUAGUAAUAAAUAUUUAUGAUGAUGAUGAUGAUGAUGAUGAUGCAGCAAAACAAGUGAUGUACUUGUAUCAGUUCUCCCAGUCUGAAUAGGUUUGAAGAAACACACCAGUAAACCUUUAGAGAACAAGAUAACACUCUGAAUAGCACAGAAUCCCAGAGCUGGUCUAGACAUAGUCAACAAAUGAAAUGUUGCUCAAGAACCCAGAGUAUAAAAUCAUUCCAGAACUGGUGACUUACACAUAAGGGGAAUGUGUGAGCUCCUAAGUCUUAUAGCUAGUUGUUUAUGAUGAAAAAUAGAAGCAGGGGUUUUUUUGAAACUAAGUUGUAAUACUCAAAGCAAAAGUAGUGCAAUGUUUUGUGCUAACAGAUCAUCAAGUAGUUACAUCAUCUAUCUAGCUGAAGCUUCCUUUGAAUAAUGAAUGCAGGGCGCCACUCUCUGACCCAGACCUAUUAUAGUAUAGGACCAUUUUGCUGUCUUCAGCCAUUCUGUCCACCACUCUGGAUUCAUGCUUUCCCCUAACCAUUGGGUUGCAUGGCAGCCACCUCCAGACAUCCCUUUCAUUUGUUAUGCAGUUUCCAAGGGACAGCAGUAAGAGUAGCGUUUACAAAGCAAAGAUCACAUGUGAUCUCCCGCAGUGAUUCAAAAGGAGCAGACUGGUCUGCGGAGACUUCCUUUUUUCAGAAUUACUCUUCUAUAGUGUUUAUAGUUCUCAAACACUAUUUAUUGGCAGAGGAACAUAGGUAGCUACUAUAUACCAGCACAAACCAUUAAUCCAUCUAGGUCGAAGUUAGCGGCUCUCCAGGAUUUUAGUUGAUGCCAUAGGCAAAACCUGUGGACUUCUGCAUGCACGCAAGCACCCUACCACUGAACUAUGGUGUUUCAUUAUACUAAGCACUUAUGUUUUGCCAGAAGAGAUAUAUCCAAGGCUUCUCCAAAACUUCUUCAGUUCUAAGAGAGUGCCAUGGAGGGGUUUAGAAAGAAUCAUAGAAUUGGAAGAGACCAUAUGAAUCCCAUUCUGCCAUGCAGGAAAACCUCAAAGUACCCCUGACAGAUGGCCAUCCAGUCUCUGUUUAAAAGCCUCCAGAGAAGGAACCUCCACCAAACUCCAAGGCAAAGAGUUCCACUGUUGAACAGCUCUUAUGGUCAGGAAGUUCUUCCUAAUGUUCAGGAAAAAUAUCUUUUCCUGUAAUUUGAACCCACUGCUCUGAAUCCUAGUUUUCAGGGCAGUAGAAAACAAGCCUGCUCCCUCUUCCUCGUGACAUCCUUUCAAAUAUUUUAACAUGGCUAUCAUAUCUUCUUUCAACCUUCUUUUCUAAACACACCCAGCUCUGUAAGUUGCUCUUUAUAGGGCAUGCUUUCCAGACCUUUGAUCAUUUUAGUCACCCUCCUCUGGACACGUUCCAACUUGUCAAUAUCUUUCUUGAAUUGUCCCCACAAUAUUCCAGGUGGGUCUGAUCAAAGCGGUACAAUGUUCUUGGUAUGGAGCUACUGUUUCUUUUUCUUCCCUGACAUCAUUUCCAGACUAUUGAAGAAAUUCGUAGGAGGGCUCCUGACUAGCUCUUUUAAUUUACGGCUUCAGCGUUGCCUCCCAACCAACACUCAUGUUCUGUUUCUACCCCACAAUUCUUCAUGACUGCUAUUCUUCCGUACUCACCCUACUCUUCUGAUGCCAUCUCUUGCAGUAGGCAACACCAGUGGUGGCAGUAUGGUGACUCUGAUCCAAGCCUUACUCCAAAGGUGCUGAAACCAGUCCCCAAAGUAUGCGGAGUGCAUUGCGUGGCUCCUUUAAAUUGUGAAAGAAAGCCCAGGGAUGGUUCAUGGUCUCAUAGACAUGGCAACUAGCUGGUUGGUUUCUACUUUUCCCCUUUUUCAGUGCUUCCCCAUCCCAACCCAUUUAGUAGUUUAGAUGAAUUAUUAUUCUUGUUGUUACUACUACUACUACUACUACUACUACUAUUACUAUUAAUUAAUUUAUUUCCCAUUUCUCCCUAUGGUAGGAAAAAUCAAACAGAAAAGUGCAUAUAAAACUAAUACUAUUACAUUUGGUGCAUAGUAUACAAAACUAAUACUAUUACAUCAACCAAUGUAAUAGUUAAAAUCAAUCAAUCCUUUAAAAUUCACAAUUUCAAAGUAAUCUGAAUAGAUUGGUCUUUAUUGCCGUAUUAAAAAUAGACAGUGUAUUCAGCUGACAAAUCUCUUCUCAGAGGUCAUUCUGUCAUCUGGGAUCAGCUGAAAAAAUAUCUUCAGUUUUUGCAGACUGAAGUAAAUGUUUCCCCACAGGACAGAUUAUAUGAGUAACCUGGACUCAAAUUGUACAGGGCUUUAAUGGUAAAAAAACAACACUUUGCACCUUGCCCAAAAAUCAAUUGACAGAUCUAAAUAUUAGCAUAAAAUAGUAACUCCUGGAUGAACCACUAACCAAUACUGGGGCACUACUACAAAAGGGCAGCAAUGUUUGUAUUUGGUUUUCUUCAUACUAGAUCUCCCCAUCCUAGACUAAUAACAUGGGCCACACAUUUCCAGCAAGUCCAGAUGCUUCUAUUUAUCUCUACAAUUCCUCUUGAAAUGAUAUCUUGUGAUGUCCUGUCACAAUUUUGACAGGGAUUUCCAGAAUUCCAUUGCCAGCUUCUAUGAACUGGAUUUGGAAAUCUAUGCUUGUAGAAGUUCUCCCAUUCUUUUCCUCCCUCCUGGCAUGUCUGCUCAUAUGAUAAAUCAGCAGAACAGACAUCUGGAUCAGCUUUUACUACCACAAUCACCCUUUUCCAUCUGCUUGAAUUCUUCCUCAUUGUCCUUUACAAGUACACACAGCUCAGACUUCAACCAUAAAUGGCAACCUCAUAAGCACGACAAAAUGCAUUCAAGGGGCUCAAGGUUAUUUUAACAUGAUGAGUCUCAGUUUUAUCCUUUUCAGAUAGGGAACUACGCAAUGCAGAGCUUAUAUCAAACAUUUAUUUAAUUACUGUGCAAGGUUAUACCACGCAAAAUCUCUUUACCUCAGUAUCUCCCACCCCAUCUAACAGUCCUUUAUAAAAGCCCACUGUAGUUUGUAUUUUGUGUUUCACAAAGCACUCAAGAUCAAGAGGCAGACCAUUUUUAAAAGAAAGUUAGAACAGGUACAGCAGAGAGGUUUUUACAAACCGCUUGCUUAAGCUGGAUCUACACUGCCCUGUAUCCCAGCAUUUGAUCCCAGAUUAUUUUAUCCCAGAUUAUCUGACAGUGUAGACUCAUACAAUCCAGUUCAAAGCAUCACUGCCCUAUAUCCCAGCAUCUGAUCCCAGAUUAUCUUAUCCCAGAUUAUCUGACAGUGUAGACUCAUAUAAUCCAGUUCAAAGCAUCAGAUCCUGGGAUAUAGGGCAGUGUAUUCACUUUUGUCCAUCCCAUUUUAAUUUAAACAGGUGGUGGUGAUUUGUAUUAGUUAUGUAUUUAAUUUAUUUUAUCCCACCUUUCUUCUAAUAUAGGGAGUCAAGGCCACUAACUACAAACAAAACACAGCAAAUACAUUACAAUAUGAACCCUUUGUGUCAUGAAAUAUAGAAGUACUAAAAUACAUUUAAAACUUCGCUUAAAAGCUACACAGCCCCCCCUCCAAAAUCCCAUUGCACCAUCCCCAGUAGCCUGCCUCCCAUUACUCCCUAAAUACUUGAUGUUGGAGGUACAUUUUCCACUGCCUGUGAAAGGCAAGCAGGGAUGGGGCCAUCCUUGUCUCUCUUAGAAGAAAGUUCCAGAGCCUGGGAGAAGCCACCAAAAAGGCCUUUUCCCUUGUUUCCAUCAAACUUACUACAAGGAGUCCUAAGUCAGAGAGAAGGCUCUCUCCAGAAGAUUGUAGAGUUCUCACAGGUCUGGAGAGGGAGAUAUGGGACCUCAUUACAUUGAGGUCAGUAAGCCAAGCAAUAGUGGGAGGAUUCGCCAUGGAUUGUGGCAAAUCCAGCAUAGGGAACCUGUACCCCCACAUUGUCCCUUACCUCACUCCAUGGGGGGAAGCGUUACUGCCUGGCUUCCCUCCGUUCUUCGCUGUGAGAACACGGGAAGCCUUCCGUGUUCUCACUGCUCUCUCUUACAACAGUUUCACCACAGUUCAGGGACAAAUCUCAGCCAGAAGUAGAUGUAUGUCAUAUGAUAGGAUCCGACAGGCUCCUCCCCUGAACUGAGGUGAAACUUUUGUAGGACGGGCUAUUUUGCCCAUGUGAUAAGGUUGAGGGUCAUUCAAAUAACCCUUUGUGGAGCUUCGUAAGUCUUACAACACCACUUUUUGGGUUGAGGAUGCAAAUAUUACUGCAUGUUCUACAUGCACCUAGCCAUGAGUACUUACAUUUUUAUUCCAAUGCCUUAAAUGCUAUUAAGCACUAGCGUGUUCUGCUCAGCACUUAAAAGCAGGGUGUAGAUUCAGACUAACCACUUGAGUUUUCCUCAAUAUACCAUUUGUUUAAAGAUAUGUUAAUUGUGCUUUAUUAAAUAAUUUUCGUUUGCACUGAAUUUCUUAUAGUUAAACCUAUGUUUAAAGUGAAUGAUGGCUAGAAUGAAAUCUAAGAUAGGUGAUUCUCAGGAAAAAAAAUGCCAUUUUCUCUUACAACACACAUUUCCCAUUACUAACCAAGAGUAAUAAAUCAUUCCCUCCACCAUCCAAAAUCCAUAGAAAAUUUUUUUUGUGUGUGACAAAUCAGGAGGGAGUGCUCAGUUCUUGAUACUCUUUUUCAGGACCCCUUUCCUACAGCUGGAGUUUUCUGAGAACCAAAUGAUGGAUAGUGGGAAUAUCAGAAGAUGUUUGGUGGGAAGACUGGUGUGUGGGAAAGGAUUAAACACCUCUGUUUGGCUCAUUAUAUAAUUGCAGCUCUCAUUAACAAUUACACUUUCACCCAAUAAUAUCACUGCAUUUAUAUCCACUGUUCCUUGAAGGAACUUGUGUCCUUGAAAAAAAUACACUGUACCACUACCUCUAGCCUAUUUCCAAUAGCCUUUUGAUAUUUGUUAGCUCAGCAGUAGAGAUGGAGCCAAGGUCACCCAAUAAGCUUCAGAACAGAGCAGGUAUUUGAACCCAUGGCUUCCAGCCCUUGCCCAACACUCUCGCCAACCACUUCAUCACACAGGGUGCUUCCUCUCCAGUCCAGUGAUGGAUGGCCACACUGCCCAUCACAUGAUGUUGCUGGACUUCCAGCGGAGGCCCUUCCCACAACUGGAGUGGAAGCGCCCUAGGAAAUUUCCCUCCAAACACGGGAGCCUGUCCAUGUUGUGCUUAGUUCUAAUGGAUCCGCACAACUUCAACGACACUUCCCCUAUGUGAUGGGAGAAAAGUACCCCUCAUCCCUGCCAUUUCACCAUGGAGGUUGGCCAAACAGCACCGGUGGGGGGGGGGUCUCCCAUGUGAUGAAGUCCCAAUACCAUGCCCUUAUGUAAUACUUCAACUCUUAAAGCAUACAUUAUACAUGUUCUCUUGUUUCUUUUGCCAAGUACCUCACUAUGAUAUAAUUUUAAGAAAAAAGAUGGUAGACAUCCAAGAAGUCAUAGCUUUGAGUCCCUCUCAUCACAGCUUGCUGUUAAGCAGAAGGGUUUAUAUUCCGAUAUUUUAUGAUAUUCUGUAUGAAAAGUGGCGAUAUGUCACGCUUUCUGUAAGAUGCACAAUACACAAAAAGGUUUGUCUGUUGUCCACAUCAGAGGAGAAUAAGCAAUUUGAAGUGGAGAUCGUGUUGUCGAAGGCUUUCAUGGCCGGGAUCACAGGGUGGUUGUAUGUUUUCCGGGCUGUAUGGCCGUGUUCUAGAAGUAUUCUCUCCUGACGUUUCACCCACAUCUAUGGCAGGCAUCCUCACAACCUCUGAGGAUGCCUGCCAUAGAUGUGGGUGAAACGUCAGGAGAGAAUACUUCUAGAACAUGGCCAUACAGCCCGGAAAACAUACAACAACCCUGAAGUGGAGAUCCUUGAUUCCUGAUCAUUUUAAAGCAGUUUUGCAAAUGCUUCUUAAAUUAUGGACACUACAGUACAAAGUGCUAUAACAUUUAUAUCAAAAGUUUGGAAUAUUUCUGCCUUUUCAGAGAAUCCCGUACAUAGUUUUUAGAAUAAUUUCAUCCCACAAUCCAAAAGGUUUUUGUAGCAAGGCUUGAAUUUGCUUCUCAGCAAUCAAGACAUAGAUGAGGAGCUGCUUGGUUUUAUCCCAGGAAUCUAGAUAGAAUUUGUGAAUGCCACAUUUGUAGUUAAGCAAAAUUUUAUUGCUCGGGUGCAUCUACAUUGUACAAUUGAUGCAGUCUGACACCACUUUAACUGUCGUGGCUUGAUAAAUAGAAUCAUGGGAACUGAAGUUUGGUGAGGCACCAUCACUAUAUAGCAGAGAAAACUAUGGAUCUUGUAAAAUUUCAACACCCACACUUCCAUACCAUUGAGCCAUGACAAAGUGGUGUCGAAUUGCAUUAAUUCUACAGAAUAGGUGCAAUGUAGGUAAUAAUGUUAUUAGUAACCUUAUGGCUCACUGCAUUUUGGAAUUGGGGUGUCACUUUGCUUACAUGGUUUUACUCAGAGUGGGGUCCACAAAGUAUUGUGUACAUAGCCAGGAGCCAGGCCUCAUCUGCUUGAGCUUCCAAGACUCCAGAAGAGGUGAAGUGCAUCUCCUAGGAUGGCUGCUGCAUUAUUCAAACUGAUGUGUAUAAGAUGUACUUGCCAUGCUAUCUAUAAACACAUUUAGAAUUAUUAUGUUUUCUAUAAUUUGAAGCCCAUCAGUAUGUGACAUGUAGGCUUUCUGGGUCUAUUGCCAAGGUGUUAACUCGGUGAGCUAUUUCAAGGCCUCUGAAGGCUAUUUCAUCUUUAAACCAGUCUUGGAUUAAACAAUCUUUCAAACAGAAAACAACUUCCGUUAGAAGACCAUCCCCUGACAGACCUUCUGACAUAGGAUGCAUUGCCAUGCUAAUAUCUCUAUCACCACCUUUCAACCACUCCCUCCCUCCCCACCGAGUUUUACAUCCACAUACUAACUAGCCAAUUUACUAGUACGUAAAAAUUUAUAAAACUAACCCUAACCCCAAACACAUCCGAUCCUGUCUGAUAUUGGAAACUAGGAUAUAUAAACCCUGAUUAGUCCUUAAAUGGGAGAUGUCAAUGAGUAUCAAGUGCUAUAUUUCAGAGGAGGUUUCUAGAAAAACAAGUUCAGAAUAUUCCUUGCAUAAGAAAACAAUAUGAAAUUAAUGGGGUUGCCAUACAUCAACAGUCAACUUGAAGGCACAUACACACACAGAGUUGUCACAACUGGGUCACAUUACAGGUGGUUUGAGAUUGAUCAAAUCUUAUCAUUAUCAACAGGCCCUAAAGAUAGCAUUUGUUAAAUUUAUAGCAUAUUCCCCACAAGAUUCUUUGUUUUGCUGGGCAAGACAGUUUUUCACAGAUUAGUGAGAUAUUAUCAGAAAAGAAGGGCUUAUAUCGGGUGAGAUGAAAAUGGUAAGACUGGGAUUCUUGUUUUGAUUUGUCAAUGUGAGCAUUCAUAGAGUUCCAUUCCACUAGGAUUAGAUUAUUGUUUUAUACUUGUACCGUGUCCAACUGAUGCUGAGAUGGGGAUCCAUCUUAUUUCAGAGCUGGUUGCCACUCUUGGCACAGUUGGACUGGGGCCAGUAAGUGUUGGGACAAUGUAAUGUAUACAAGGUUUGGCCAGGAUGAACACAAAUAGACCUUGUGCAUGUAUCUGCAAGACUCUUGAGGUUUUUUGGUGGUGGUGGUGAGCUAAGAAAAACGCAAUUUUCAAGCUGACCUUUAGCUAAAGCUUCAAACAACCUCAUAUGCUAUGUAAAACAUUGGUACUGCCAUCCAUGUUUCAAGGCCUCAAGAAGGCUUUCAAAUUGCCAAGCUCUUUUCUGCUAAUUUUUCGAUUGCUGCCAUGCUCAAAGAAUUGUGCCACAAAAGCAUGUGAGAAAGAGAGGGUUUGGUUCAAAAACUGCCCAAAGACAAUCGCUGUGAACCUAAGCAACACUUACGACAGAACAGGAGCACAACAGAGGAGAGGAAUAGUAUUUCCAAAGGACCGUUUGGUGAGGUCUGGACAAAAUUUUUACCUAACCUGUAUGAAAUGCAAGAGGGAGAAGAACAUUGCCUAAGAAUCAAGAUAAACCAAACCUUACUUCAGCAGAGGCCUAACAUACUGGUGAACUGAAAGGACACCUCUUAAAUAUGUGUGUAUAUCAAAAGGAGUCUGAGUAGGUAAGCUGGGGCAGGUACUUGCACCAAGACACUUCUCGUAAGCACCUGAAGCCAUCUUCAUCUCAGUUUGACAGGAAGACCAGUGAACAGAAAAUGGAGGUUGCACCCCGUCUUGCUGAUGCUUUGCUGGCAGGUCUCCUUAUGGGUGCCUCCCUUUGUGGUUUCCUCAAUGUGAAGCUUCUGGCUAGUCAUGGAAGCCGCUGGGCCUCCACUCACUGGGAUGGUCUCGGGGCACCUUAUUCGAAGGCAGACUAUGCGUUCAGCACUGCAUGUUGAUGAGGUGGAUAUAUUGUAACAUAAAAUGCUUGUUUGGAUUCAAAAUAAACAACAAAAAUUUACAAAGCUGUAAAACUUUAAUGGUUUUUUGUCAAAGAAAAAUAAUAAAAACUUGUUGUAAAGAA